AUGGAGGUCGUGAAUCAGUCAGCGCCUUCGGAGCGUGUGCCGGCAUCAGAGGAGGACGCCAUAGAUGGGUUUGGAGAGGCGGAAAUACCUGAGGUUGUGACUGAAAAGCGGGAGGCCAGUACUCAGACUAUCCAGGAAGAUAAUGAAGAGCGAAGUUCUCACCGUGAGGAGACGGACGAUGACGACGAUAUUGAUGAAGAUGACGAUACCAACGAGGAGGACAAUGAGGAAGACGACAGCGACAGCGAUAGCGACACGACAGACGAUGAGAGCAAAGCCGAUGACGAUACGUGGCUCAAUGGAUCUGCUUUCAACGAGCGGAAAAUCAACGUGGGCGUGAGAUACUAUGAUUACCCAUCCUUCAUGAACCGGUCAGUGGACGACGAUGCAGAUUAUACGAUAGAAGCCCUGAUCAGUACUUCCGACUGGUGGAAGGACCUGGAACGGGAAAAGAAAAGGCGCGCUGCGAAUCCAUCACCGUGGACUGAGACUAUUGAGGUGGCACCGCCGACGGAAGGAGUUGCUGAGACCUUGCAACUCCAACGUGUGAGGAUCCGCUCUCCAGAGAUACUUCGUCGGCUUUCUGAACUCGGAGAGUGGAACGAAAGCAGCAUGGUUCUCCCCAAAUCCGAUUGCGUAUUCUGCCGUCCGUUUCACGCUCUCGCCUACUUUAAUGGUGAAAUAAAAAAGCAGCUGGAGCAAUUAGAGUCUGACUUGGAAGACUCACACGCAAGACCUAAGCCCUCAGAAGACAAUCAAUUGGAUGAUUCGCGAAAAACUUCAGAAUCUGCUAUUCGGGACGAAUUGCGAUGCUAUGUCACCUUUGUGGAAGAGAAGAUUCUACCUCUUUGGAAGAGAUUUGAACAUGUCACCAAGAAUACUCCGAACAAAGUCAGAUAUGACGAGCUGCCUUUUCUUUUCCGCCCGGGCGAUCUUGUUUUUGUUCCAUCUGUGGCCACCAGUUCCAAAGCACGUCAUCAGUCUGCUAUCCAGAAUGUCUUUCGCCUGGCCUCACUCCGGCCCGAAGACCACAUGUGGCAAACGGACCCAGGUGGCUGGUUCGUCCCGAAUUCACUAGCGAGGUGGAGCAUCUAUUGUUUCGACCAUGAUGGAGAGCAGUUGAAAGUUAUAUGGCAGUCCCUAGAAGUCCCCCAUUUUGCCGGCGAGCAAGAUAUCACUGCCUUGCCAUGUUACCCUCUACGUUACCAUCCUGAUCAUGCGACGAUCCUUAAGAUGCAGGUUGAGAGUGGAAAGCUUUUCAAGGAGCUCGUGAAGCCAGAGAACAAACAUCAGUACUAUUCUGGCUGGAACCUCUCAACAGGUAUCUUCAAGGAGAGCAUGGAGCUCGCUGAACCCGAACACAUAGAAAGUGAGGUCAUUAUAGAUGUGAAGGAAGCCUCGCGAUACGUUACUGAGACAUACCCCACCGACACUAAGCGUUAUGAGGAGACGUUCCAUGAUUCAUGGGCUACAGUUGUGGAUGAAAAUGUCUCAUAUCGGCUAUGGAGAAAAGCUUCGCCCCAUUUCGUCGAGAAAAACGAGAACUUGCUUGUCCGAGAAGAUUUUACAUAUGCAAGGGAAGCGCAAGCCUACAUGAAGCAGAACCCAUACAUUGAUAACAAUGACACAUUCUCAAAACCAACAUGGUCCGAUGAAGAUCUGGCCCUCCUUCCACGGAGAGUCCUUGGAUACGUCUUACGCGAGAGGAGGUUCACGCGCUUGGAUGUUCGCGGCUUUGACUUGCGUCGGGUAUCUGAAGAGAGGAUCACCCUAGACCAUGUCCAGAUAAAGCCUGGACAUCGGAGGAUCAUCCGAUCGACUGUUUCUUCUCACUUUACAAAGAUCCACCAUGAACGCUCUCGUGAUGCCAUAUUGUAUACACCGGACAUGAUCCGGGGAAAGGGACGAGGCCUGGUGAUCCUCCUGCACGGAGCGCCCGGGGUGGGUAAAACUGCGACCGCAGAGGCCGUGGCAUUGGAGUUCGAGAAACCUCUGUUUCCCAUCACCUGCGGUGACCUAGGAAUAACAGCGGAUGCUGUGGAGAGAUCACUCAAAGACAUCUUUCGAUAUGCUCAUCUGUGGGACUGCAUUCUGCUACUGGAUGAAGCAGAUGUUUUUCUCACACAGAGAGAUCGAACAGAUGUUGAGAGGAACGCCUUAGUUUCAGUAUUCCUCAGAGUGCUAGAAUACUACAGCGGCAUCCUCUUCCUGACCACAAACCGAGUCGGGGCACUCGACGAAGCAUUCCGCUCACGGGUACAUCUAAGCCUCUACUAUCCUCAUCUAAGCAGUGAAGAUACCAUUUCCAUCCUCUGCAGUAACCUGGCCCGGCUCCCUCGAGCAGACAAGGUACCCAAGGGAACAAGCAUCGGCAACGGGCAUAUCCAUGUCAUGGACAAAGAGAUCAUCGAAUUUGUCCGAUCGGAAUACGAGAAAACCUACAGAGUCCACAGACGUGGCCCAUGGAAUGGUCGCCAAAUCCGCAACGCUGUACAAAUAGCAUCCUGCCUCGCCUUCUUCGACCAGCGAGAAAAGACCCCGGGUAAUGACCUGCCGGUAGUGCUCACCGCAGAACACUUCCGCACAGUGAACGACACAAUCGAAGAAUUCGACCGAUACCUAGUCAAAGCCCGGCGUGCCGACGAUCGCAAAUUGGCCCACAUGGAAGGAGUUCGAUACGAUGGGUACGAGUCCGGGCCUACUCGGGAACCUGCCGUAUAUGACGGUUUCAGUGGUUACGAGUCCGACCACGUCCCGGUUGAGCGAAACUCUCGACGCAGUGUGCCAGCCCGCACCCCUCAGCGACAGUCUCAGUAUGCUGGCUCCUCGGGCGGCCGAGUCGCAGCUGGACGAUACUCCGCUGGUCGGAAACGCGCGGUCAUGGUCGAAUCUCAGCAUUAUGCAGAAGACGACUUUUUAGAUGACGAUAUGCAUGCUCCGAGCCCCUCUACCGGGCGCAGAUAUGAAAGCGGACCAGGCCCACGUACGGAGCCUCGUUCCAGGGCUCGGCCCGGACCGUUACCUCGAAAAGAUGAGGAUGUGUACGAUGAGGAGUUAUAUCCGGAUGUCGAAGAUCAUGUUGUGGAAGAGGAGUACCGUCUUGCGGCGGACCCUGAUGCUCCUAGAUCCGCUCCUCGCAGCGUGAAAAGAAGCCCCAGAUACACGGGUGAUUACUCACCUGUGCCUGCUCGCAGGACUAGAGAGGCGACUCCCAGGUCACAGCAUCUAGAGGUGGAGUAG